GUAUAUGUACAUAUUCAACAGUAGAAAAAAAUUCAAAUCUCCCGCCAUUGAAGUCAUAAAUAUGUAUGAUUCCUUGGCCAUGCUCUUUGCAUGAUGUCACUUCCUGUUUCAGUUUUACCUGAGGGAGAUAAGAUGAUCCAUUUAAAAACAAACACUAGGAUGGCGACCUGCAAUCUCUCCUCCCCUAUGUACAAUAUGAUGCUGAUAUUAGCGGGAACGGAAGAAGAAAUAGCCAUGAGACGAACUGAGAUGGAUAUAUGUGAUUAUCUCUACAAUCAAAUGACUCAUGUCUCUUUGCAUAGAAGAACUGUUGGCAGUGUGAAAGAAGGUUUACGAAUGAAAAGUUCAGAUAUGGAUACUUUGUAUUUUAUGACUGACCAACAUGUUGUUGGGGACCUAACAGACGCCCUGAGUUACGAUCCAGCUACUGAAACUGUAAUUCUGAUGGAGUACCAAGAACACAUCCCUGGGACAGUUUAUCUACGCAUCAUACACAUGCAUGCCUCCAUUAAAGGGAUAAGCACAAAGUCCUGCAUACAAAAGAACUCUCACACAUACCUAAGCAGUGAGCUGUUCUUGGAGAAUGCCCGCUCUAUUUACUAUGGUCACAAUGUGACUAAACAUGGCCCUUGCCAAACUAAUACAGUUGUUGAGAAUGAAUAUGAUGGUGCAGUUGGCUUUGCAGGUAGAAAAUGGCCCAUGCAAGCCAAUGACUGGAUUACAAGGUGUCUCAAGUUUGGGUGGCCUGAGAAACAAAUCGUUGAGAGCAUUUUAUCCUCUGGAUGUAACUUCGUGCCAAUCGGCAGUAGACAGUCUCGCCAAGACAAUGACCCAAAUCUGGACUUGGAAUGGCGUCUCUCCUUUGUUCAAGCAGAGCAGGCAUUAGUGCGUGUUGUGAACCAUUCCCAAUUUCUUUGUUAUGCUUUACUUAAAAUAUUUCUUAAAGAAGUUCUCAACAAAGAUGUAAAGGAAGAGGAGAAACUUCUCUGUUCUUAUUUCCUGAAAACUGCAAUGUUUUGGUGCAUUCAAACUGAUCCCACAUAUAAAUGGUCCAGAGAAACCUUCUUCCUGGAUUUCUGGAAAUGUUACAAGUUGUUGCUGAAGUGGGUCUACACAGGAUAUUGCCCAAACUUCUUCAUACCACAGAACAAUCUGUUUGUCUGUAAGAUUGUAGGAACUGAUCAGGAGAGGCUGUUCACACAAAUGUACGACCUCUACUGCUCCGGAGAAAGAUGCCUUGCCAAGUGCUCAUCUCUUCGGAAACUCAUGAACAAAUAUCUUGUCGAUCCCCAGGCAUGUGAAGUAUCAGCAUACAUCAGUUUUGGUGAAUAUGAUCGUGAUUCUGUGGUCUACAAUUCAAUGCAAAGCAUCAAUGGGCUCCUUAAUCAGGAGCUCAGGUACGACUGGAAAUCAUUGUACAAUGUCUGCCACAUGGAUGUUUCAAAUUUGUCAAACUUUGAACAAAUUCUGAUUACAAGACAUGUUAUUAAUCUUUAUCAUCGAAUAGCAUUUGUGGAGCAAUGCUAUUGUCACUGUAAAACAAAAUGCAACAGGAAUAGGCAGACUUAUGAAAAACAUAAAAAGGUCGGGGUCAGACUGCUUCGGCUUACAUCAGAGUUUGGCUGUGCAUCUGACCCUUUAUAUUUAGCAUUAUUUCAUUAUACUGAUGGAAAAUUCAGACAUUCCUUAAACAUUUUGGAGGAAACCAAACCAAAACUGUAUCAAGAUUACAUUUUCUACUGGACUGAAUAUAGAAAUAAACAACCUUAUGAAAGAGAAAUGUUAGGCAAACCAAUGUCAGUCAAAAUGAAAGCAGCUAUGGCGUUUGAUAUAACUAUACUACUUUCCACAGAAUUCUCCGAGUUGGACAUUGAGAUAUGUUUGAUUAAGGAAUCCAAGUUAAGGAGAUGUUUAAUCAUUUCUCCCUUUGUGCUUCUGCAUUUCCUAACCUUUCUGUGUCAUCAUCACCUAGCCAGCCCCCUAGCCGCCCCGUCCCUGAGGGAGCUACACACCUUAGUCCAUGCUGACAAUGACAGCUAUAUCAUCUAUACCACCAGAGAUAUCGCCUGGGACAUCCUCGGCAUUUGUCACCAUCUGUCGGGGAAUCUAGACCAGGCCUUGCUUGCCUACUAUACCUCCCUACAACAACCCACCUUCCAUUUCAUCACCGAGGCCGUAAAGAGGAGAAUACUACUGCUUCAAAUUGAGCUUCAAGUUCAGAACAAGUCUUGAAAUGCGAGAAUUACAUGUUGUAUAAACCAUUUGUAAGAUCCAAAUAAACACAAUUUAAAAUGUGACAGACUCAAUUAAAACAACAUUGAAUUCACUGGUAAAAGCAGCAUUAAUCCAUCGAUUGACUUAUGAUUUUGUUAGGUUCUUAUUUUGUAUGAAUGUUAAUAAUCUAAAUAAACUGUUUUAAAAAUAUGAAAUAACUUUUCAGUUUUGGUUAUUGUCAUUGACACCUGUGUUCUCUCUUAAGUACUAACAGUGCUGGUGCCUUACCUCUUUCUUCACCUGGUGGACAGUUAGGGUCAUUGUUACUUAUAGACACACUUUUGCACUCUUUUAACAGUCUUGGAGCUCAACAUUUUUGUCAGUCUACUGGGGAGUGAAGGUAAUUAUACGGACAUCUGUGUACUGAUAUAACAG